GCCUCUUCUGCGCAAGCCGUUUGUGUUUGGCGGUAUUCCUUGUUGCCGGUUACUGAGAAGUGGCAGCUACCCAAACGCGGAUCCUCACUGCUGCGGUGUUGUGGCCAGGCGGGUUUGGCCUGUCUCCGGCGCUAGUGUUGGGCUCGGGAGGCAGUGGAAAGGGAGGGCGGGGUGAAGUCUCUGUGGAGCCCGCGGGCUUCGCAAUGAAGAGGAUUUGGGGGUUCGGGAGGGAGAAGGGCAUGUCGCCCAUGGGCUCCGCUUCUGGCUUGCAGAGGCAGGCCAGGGGCGUUGGGCAGAAGAACAAUACAACUGACAACUUGCUGCUGGGUUACCAUGUCCGAGACAGAGACCUCAGAAAGAUCCACAAGGCUGCCUGCAUGGGCAACGCAGCGCAAGUGCAGCAGAUUCUGUUCUUGGGGGAAAAUGGCGUGGAUGAUAGAGACAAGAUGAACAGGACUGCUCUCCAUUUGGCCUGUGCCAAUGGCCAUCCAGAAGUGGUGACCCUCCUAGUAGAGAGGAAAUGUCAUCUUAACCUCUGUGAUCAUGAAAACAGGACAGCUCUCAUGAAGGCCGUACAGUGCCAGGAAGAGAAAUGUGUAAACAUACUAUUGGAAAAUGGUGCUGAUCCAAAUAUUAGGGAUGUGAGUGGCAACACUGCUCUCCACUAUGCGGCCUUUGGUGAUAAUAUAUCCAUAAUAGAGAAGCUGCUGCUAUACAAUGCGAAUACUGAAGCAAGAAAUAAGGAUAACAUCACACCACUUCUAGUUGCUGUAAAUGAAAACAAACAGCAAAUAGUGGAAGUUCUGGUAGAAAAGGCAGCAAAUAUACAUGCAGAGGAUAAAUUUAAAAGCAGUUACGAAAUAAUUUGCCGACAUAAAGAAGAAAUCAUGCUUAAAAAUUCUUUGCAAAACAGCCAUCCUGGAGCAGAUAAGAAUGCUGAGGAAGACUCUAUAGCCAGAGCAUUCCCUGCCUGUCAUACUUGGUUAUGGAAACUCAGACUGGGUCUUUCCUGGAGAUUUCACAGGCUUUCGGACAAACCUGGUCCUGAUGAUUCAUGGCCUACAUCAUCUAGCCAAGUCUUACAUUUUGGUACCAAGAAUGUCCCGAAAUCACGCAUAGCAAAGCUCCUGCAUUCUUCUUGGCAAUUCAUUAAAAACAUGAGACCAAAACGUGGCACUAUGAAACCAGAAGAUGGAACCUUAUCUGAGGACAAAAAUCCUGAUUCUGAAAAUAAAGAUAUGGCUGAAACUCUUUCCAAACCACCAGUCAGAGUUUAUGGCGAUCCUCUUCCUGUUUUACCAUCAUCUAAAUCUCUUCUGAAACCUUCUCUCAAGACGUUAGCUUUCCUUGGUCUUGCAAAGAGUGUGUCUGAGAAGCCCAACAAAUUUCUUCCUCAUGUCUCUGGAGCUGUGGAUCAGAAAGGGCAAAGAAUAUUAAAUGGACAAGUAGAAGGAGCAGAUAAGAAUGCUGAGGAAGAUUCUAUAUCCAGGCUUUCGGACAAACCUGGUCCUGAUGAUUCAUGGUCUACAUCAUCUAGCCAAGUCUUAGAUUUUGGUACCAAGAGUGUGUCUGAGAAGCCCAACAAAUUUCUUCCUCAUGUCUCUGGAGCUGUGGAUCAGAAAGGGCAAAGAAUAUUAAAUGGACAAGUAGAAGGAGCAGAUAAGAAUGCUGAGGAAGAUUCUAUAUCCAGGCUUUCGGACAAACCUGGUCCUGAUGAUUCAUGGUCUACAUCAUCUAGCCAAGUCUUAGAUUUUGGUACCAAGGGUGUGUCUGAGAAGCCCAACAAAUUUCUUCCUCAUGUCUCUGGAGCUGUGGAUCAGAAAGGGCAAAGAAUAUUAAAUGGACAAGUAGAAGGAGCAGAUAAGAAUGCUGAGGAAGAUUCUAUAUCCAGGCUUUCGGACAAACCUGGUCCUGAUGAUUCAUGGUCUACAUCAUCUAGCCAAGUCUUAGAUUUUGGUACCAAGGGUGUGUCUGAGAAGCCCAACAAAUUUCUUCCUCAUGUCUCUGGAGCUGUGGAUCAGAAAGGGCAAAGAAUAUUAAAUGGACAAGUAGAAGGAGCAGAUAAGAAUGCUGAGGAAGAUUCUAUAUCCAGGCUUUCGGACAAACCUGGUCCUGAUGAUUCAUGGUCUACAUCAUCUAGCCAAGUCUUAGAUUUUGGUACCAAGAGUGUGUCUGAGAAGCCCAACAAAUUUCUUCCUCAUGUCUCUGGAGCUGUGGAUCAGAAAGGGCAAAGAAUAUUAAAUGGACAAGUAGAAGGAGCAGAUAAGAAUGCUGAGGAAGAUUCUAUAUCCAGGCUUUCGGACAAACCUGGUCCUGAUGAUUCAUGGUCUACAUCAUCUAGCCAAGUCUUAGAUUUUGGUACCAAGGAAGGAACUUCAAAGUCAGCAAUGGAAGCAAAGGAAGAUGGUGUUGGUAUUAUUGAAAAUGUGACACCAGAGCAAGCAGUUAAUGACAGUUUGACUUCUGCUGGUGGAGUGCAUAAAAAUUACAGAAGUGAUAUCAUGUCAGCAUUAAAAUUAGGAGAAGAGGAAGAUGUAGAAUCACCUUCUCUUCCUGAGUAUCAAGUUCCAUUAAAGGUUGAAGAAAAAAAGAAGCACAGAGGAAGUGACAUGGAAGUAUCAGAAAACAUACAUGAUGCUGCAGCUGCUGGAUUAAUUCCACAAAGACAGGAUGGAAAAACUGAUAACCAUCAAUUGCCUAUUACAGAAAAUAAAGAUUCUGAUAGGAGGGAACCUGGUUUACAUAUGAAGAAGUUAAAGAAAGGUGAAAAUGAAAAAGGGACAUCAAAAGUAUCUGUGAUCACACCAGUGUUGCAGAAGGCAGAUGCCCUAACUGGUGGUCCACUACAAAAGAAUGAUGGCAGUCAUUUCAGUGAAAAGGAUCAGCAUGAAAGCAGACCUGCAAAGAAAAUUUCUAAGAAAAAGAACAAGGUCAAAAAGCAAAUUACCUCUAUGGAUGACCUUGUCGACUUCAUUCAGUCAUCUGAAACAGCUUCAGAGCAUUGUGAGUUGCCUUACUCUAAGAAUUUCAUGUUGCUGAUUGAACAACUUGGCAUGGAUUGUAAAGAUUAUGCUGGCUUCUUGAAAAUCCAAGAUAUACGUGUUUCCUAUGAGAAAUUAAGGAAACUUAACAAAAAUCACUGUAAACUUCUUAUGGGAAAAAUGACAAAAAUGGACAAAAUGGUUAGUGCACUACAAAACGAGCUACAGGAAGCCAAAGACAUGAUAUCACGGUUAGAACACCAAAAAGUGGAAUGGGAACGUGAAUUCUGCAGUUUGAGAUGUACCUUAAAACAAGAAGAAGAAGAAGAAAGAAGAAAUGCUGAUAUGUUAUAUGAAAAUAUUAGGGAAAAGUUAAGAAGAAAAGAAGACGAAUAUAAGAAAGAAGUUGAAACAAAACAACAAGUUGAACUUGCUCUUAGAAUGCUAAACACGGAAUUGAAGGCCACAAAAAAUCAGGUUGUAGAAGAGCACAGUGACACUCAGUGGCAACUUUCUCCAGAACAGAAGGCCAGAGUCUUACAAGAUGGAAGUCUAAACAAUCUCUUUUGCAAGCAAAAGGAGCUAGAAAUGGCUCAUAAGAAAACUAAUUCUAAGGUAGUUGCGAGACAACUUCAACAAGAACUGGCUGAUACUCUGAAGAAAAAGUCUAUGUCAGAGGCUUCCUCAGAGGUCACAUCAUAUCUUCGUCUGGAAGAGGAAACACGGGAUCUCAAGAAGAGAUUAGCUCAAAUCAGAAGUCAGACAUAUUGUCAAAGCACGGAAAUAUUCAGAUCAUGUGUAGUAUGGACGCCCAAAAGCGAGAAUUAAGAACAUUCUCUGUGUCCUGCCAUUGGGUUUUUUUUAAAGCUAUUUUGAGGUACAAAACACAUACCAUAAAAGUCACCCAUUUGCCACGCACAGUUCACUGUCUCUGUGUACACUCGUGCAACCAUCACUGCCAUCAAGUAGAAUGUUUUCGUCACCCUGAAAGGAAACCCUUACCCGUUGCCCCCAGCCUCAGGCAACCACCAGUCUACUACUUGGUUUCUCAAUGGAGUUGCCUCUUGUGAAUAUUUCAUAUAAAUGGAGUCACACAACAUGUGGUACUUUGGGACUAGCUAGCUUCACUUAAUGUUUUCUGGGUUCAUCUGUGUUGGUUACAGCUUAUAUCAGUGCUUCAUUUGUUUUUAUUGUCAACAGUACUCCAUUGUGGGUUAAGGCCCUUGUUCAUCCAUCAGUUGAUGGACCUUUGGGUUGUGUCCAUUUCUUGCCUAUUAAUACUGCUGCUUAUGAACAUUUAUGUAGUUCUUGUGUGGACACCCGUUUUUAAUGUCUCUACCAUCAGAUUUUAUCCUCUGAGUUAAUUGGGUUGAUUUCACCAUCUCUCAGCUGUUAUGCAUGCUGUCCUUACUGUCUUUUUAGUUUCUGUUCCUCUUGAGUAAACCUAUGUUAUUCAGACUUGGCUCACAGUCUCCUUUCCAAUGAACUUUCUCUGACUGUUCUAACUCCCAUUAGCUUUAACUCUCUUGACACUUGUCAUCUAGCCUGUGCAGAACAAUUUAGUCCUUUAUUUGACAUUGUUUUUAUUUUUUUCAUGACAGGUAAUUUCGUCUUCCUAAGUAUAAAUUUAAGGGAUAGUAAUAUUUGAUACGUGUGGUACUUAUCCUUGUAUAAAUUGAAAAUAUUUUAACUUAACAGUUUUUCUGAUAAAAUUAAGUACUCUAUACCGUAUCAAUAAAUUCUUCUUGGAAACAUUGGUAUAGCAAAGAUUUUAUUCUAAAUGUAUGCUAAGAAAUGGAAUACUAAAUUGAGGGGUGCCUGGCUGGCUCCAGUCCGAUCAGAGUCUGCCUUUGGCUCAGGUCAUGAUCUCCAUGUUCUUGAGAUGGAGCCCUGCAUCGGGAUUUCUGCUGUCAGCAGAGCCUAAUUGGAUCUGUUGUGUCCCUCACAUUCUGCGCCACUCAGUCUCGUGCUCUGUAUCAAAAAAUAAACGUUAAAAAAUGUGUGUAUAUCUCUCUACACACACACAUACACACACACACACACACACACGAUUAUAUAAGUAAAUCUAUUAAUGAAAGCACUUAAUCAAAUAGAGGAGAAAUGUUCAAUCAAAUGUUUAGGUUUUUUUUUUCCCUCUCACUAUGAAAAA